AUGUUAUUUUUCAAGCGUUCUCCUUUUUUGUCCCGACAGAAGGAGCUCUGCGCUGAUCGUGAAAAGAAGUUACAACUUGCACUAGAAGAAGCAAUAGCUUUGGACGCAUCCAUGCGCAGCACAGCUGAAUGGCUGACAGAAGCAGAGCAGCGACUGGCGGCAAUGGAGCCGGUCAGCCGAUUGGUGGACGUGCUGGAGGCGCAAGUCGCGGAAAAUGAUAAAUGGGUUGAUGAAGUUGUCGUAAGAAAACAACUAAUGGCGGAACAGCAAGCUGCUGGUACGCGACUCCAGUACUAUUGCGAGAAAAAAGAUGCCAUCCCCAUCAAAAAUGGGCUGGUAUCCUUGAAGCAUCGCUUCGAGAAAGUAUCGAGUAGAACAGCUGACCGCACCAAGCAACUUAAUACAGCAUUGGAUGAAGCUCGGAUCUGGGAGAAGGGUAUCGCCAGUAUUCACGGAUUUUUGGAUGAAGUCGAAGAAAGUCUCCCCGACGCUCAACUGCCAACAAGUAAUGUUGAUAAACUGAAGAACUCGUUGGAGAAAAUCAAGGUCGUGCAAGCGGAUGUGACCUACCGACAAGCCGACUUCGAUACUACUUACAAACGUGGAAAGAGUCUAAUGGAUCGAGCUCCACGAUCUGAAGUGAAGAAAAUACAGGAAAUAAAUGAGAAAUUGAGAAAGCGUUGGAAUGCUAUGCUUGAAGCAAUCAGUCAAAGACGUCAAGCUGCUGAGCAGAUCCUCCUCGACAGCAGCGCCUUUGAUGAAGCCAUCUUGGAAUUGGAGUCAUGGGUAGAUGUUGAACUAGCGAAAAAUGCGGCUAGUGACGGAAGAGUUCACGGCGACGUGGAAACUGUGAAAUCCCUUGUGGAUGAGCACAAAAAGCGUGAAAACGAGCGAAGUGCUAAGAAGAGAGCGUUGGACACCAUUAUGAGCAAGGCGGCAAAACUAUCAGGCAAUGAUAGCGACGAAAACAGUCACAUUAAUGGUGUAUGCGACAGAGUGAAUGAGAAAUGGAAACGUUUGGAAGAAGAGGCUAAUGCUCGUUCUGAAGCCCUCAAUGAUGCCACUAAGCGAGCCACUGAUUUCGAUAAGAAGGUCCAUGAUCUCCUCGAUUGGCUUGUGGAGACGGAA